AAUCCUGACCCCAAGUUUAAGCCAGUCGCCUCGUUUCUCUCUGUGGUCAGCUCACCAGCCUCAGAUGGCAACUUUCCUGUUAACCCGACAUUUGGUACAGCAACCAGCCACCUGUUGGGACUCGCCAUCCCUCCAGUCCCAUUCUUUGCCUCAGUCUCAUUAUCUCACGACUCGCUAUUCCGCCAGACUGACCGUGCUUCGUCAACGAGGUGUCUCGGGUUGCCUGGAUUUCGUCACCUUUGCAACCUGUCUAAUUGACUAA